UGACGCGCGGGGCCGGCAGGCGGGGCCAGGCGGCGGCGGGCGGGAGCGGGCAGCGGGGACGCGCUCCCGGGCCGCGCUCGGGACUUUGGGACCGCUUCUGAGCGGGCCCCGUGGCCGGGCCCGGGCGGGCGAGCUGCAGUCCGGCAGAUGUCAAAAUGAACCUGGACUGCUUGGGAAUGGUGAAACAGAGCCCUGGGAUCCUGCCAUGAACAGUGCAUGAAGAGCAGGGGAGACCUUUCUGCUGAUCAGAGAUGAUGUGGAGGGACACUCUCUCCCCAGAAGACUGCUCAGAGGAUGACAAGUGUAUUCUGAGUAGUACCGUGGUGACAACAUGCCAUUGAAAUGGAAAACGAGCUCUCCUGCUAUCUGGAAAUUCCCAGUUCCUGUGCUUAAAGCAUCCAGGUCAUCGCCACUUUCUCCAGCGUACAUAUCUCUGGUGGAAGAGGAGGACCCUCACAUGAAAGUGUCUCUCGGGGGCAGCGAUAUGGGCGUCUCUGCCCACCUGCAGGCGUCGAAGGCAGGCACCACGAGGUUCUUCACCAGCAAUACUCACAGCUCCGUGGUGUUACAGGGUUUCGACCAGCUGCGAGUGGAGGGUCUGCUCUGUGACGUGACCCUUGUGCCUGGAGAUGGUGAUGAAGUCUUUCCUGUUCACAGAGCAAUGAUGGCCUCUGCAAGUGACUACUUCAAGGCUAUGUUCACAGGAGGAAUGAAGGAGCAGGAUUUAAUGUGCAUCAAGCUGCAUGGUGUGAACAAAAUAGGCCUCAAGAAGAUCAUUGAUUUCAUUUACACUGCAAAACUUUCCCUUAACAUGGACAACCUUCAGGACACUCUGGAAGCUGCCAGUUUUUUGCAGAUUUUACCUGUUUUAGACUUCUGUAAAGUGUUUCUUAUCUCUGGGGUGUCGCUGGAGAACUGCGUGGAGGUGGGGCGGAUCGCCAACACCUACAACCUGACGGAGGUGGACAAGUACGUGAACAACUUCAUCCUGAAGAACUUCCCCGCCCUGCUGAGCACCGGCGAGUUCGUCAAGCUGCCCUUCGAGCGCCUGGCCUUCGUGCUCUCCAGCAACAGCCUGAAGCACUGCAGCGAGCUGGAGCUCUUCAAGGCGGCCUGCCGCUGGCUGCGGGCCGAGGAGCCCCGCAUGGAGUGCGCCGCCAAGCUGAUGAAGAACAUCCGCUUCCCCCUCAUGACCCCCCAGGACCUCAUCAACUACGUGCAGACCGUGGACUUCAUGAGGACCGACAACACCUGCGUCAACCUGCUGCUGGAGGCCAGCAACUACCAGAUGAUGCCCUACAUGCAGCCGGUGAUGCAGUCGGAGAGGACGGCCAUCCGCUCGGACAGCACCCACCUGGUGACCCUGGGCGGGGUGCUGAGGCAGCAGCUGGUGGUCAGCAAGGAGCUGCGGAUGUACGACGAGAAGGCUCACGAGUGGAGGGCCCUGGCCCCCAUGGACGCCCCCCGCUACCAGCACGGCAUCGCCGUCAUCGGCAACUUCCUCUACGUGGUGGGGGGGCAGAGCAACUACGACACCAAGGGCAAGACGGCGGUGGACACGGUGUUCCGCUUCGACCCCCGCUACAACAAGUGGAUGCAGGUGGCCUCCCUCAACGAGAAGAGGACCUUCUUCCACCUCAGCGCCCUCAAGGGACACUUGUACGCCGUGGGCGGGCGCAACGCCGCGGGGGAGCUGGCCACGGUGGAGUGUUACAACCCCAGGCUGAACGAGUGGAGCUACGUCGCCAAGAUGAACGAACCCCACUACGGCCACGCCGGCACUGUCUAUGGGGGACUGAUGUACAUCUCAGGGGGCAUCACCCACGACACUUUCCAGAAGGAGCUGAUGUGCUUCGACCCCGACACGGACAAAUGGACUCAGAAAGCCGCCAUGACGACGGUGCGCGGCCUGCACUGCAUGUGCACCGUGGCGGACAAGCUCUACGUGAUCGGAGGCAACCACUUCCGGGGCACCAGCGACUACGACGACGUCCUGAGCUGCGAGUAUUACUGCCCGGCCCUCGACCAGUGGACUCCCAUCGCCGCCAUGCUGCGCGGGCAGAGCGACGUGGGGGUGGCCGUCUUCGAGAACAAGAUCUACGUGGUGGGAGGCUACUCCUGGAACAACCGCUGCAUGGUGGAGAUCGUGCAGAAGUAUGACCCGGAGAAGGACGAGUGGCACAAGGUCUUCGACCUGCCGGAGUCCCUGGGCGGCAUCCGCGCCUGCACGCUCACCGUCUUCCCCCCGGAGGACAACACCGGCUCCCCGUCCCGGGAGUCUCCGCUCUCGGCCCCCUAGAGACCGCCCCUGCCCUGCUGAGGGGGCAGGAACACCGCCCCUGGACU